AUGCACGAGGCAUACGACACCAAGGAGGCCCUCGGCGCGGGUCACGAUCCCCGCCACGGGUCACGAGACCACGGCGCGCAGUGGUAUCACGAUGCGCGCUGGCGCCCCGUGCCACCGCCGAGCGACGAGGCGUACGGCGCACCCGGCGAGGGUGCCCCCGAAUGGGAGCAGUUGCGGCUGCAGAGCCGGUCGCUCCUGACGCCAGCUGCCCUGGGCGGCGGCGUCCGGACGGGCGUCGCGGCCGGCGGCCGUGCCCUCCACACAUGCAAGCCCCCGGCGCUACACGAGGGAGAUCGCUACGUCGACUUGGACGGCACGUCCCACAAGCCCGAGAGACGGGCGGACCGCGCCGAGCUCGCGUGGGCACAGGCGGAGGUCAAGGGCCUCCGUGUGCAGCUCGAAGCUCUUCGGGGCAGGCUCUACGGCGCGGCGGCCCUCGGUGGCGGCGGUCGGCCCGAAGCCGACCCCGCCGCGCGCCUUCCGCAACCCUCGGGCUUCAAUGCCAUCCAUACGGAAACCUGCCCCGCGACACCCAAGCGCAAAGCAGAUGCCCUCCACGAGAGACAGCUCUUUCCUGCGAUCGUCGGCACCCGCGAGUUGAUAUGA